AUGACCUCCCUUACGAGCGAGACGAAUAGGCUGACAUUCCGGGAGACAGACGAGGCUGGAAAUCCUACUGCAACCUACAUCUACUCGGGAGAUGUCGCUUCCCCAAUUACUGCCUCAAAGACACCGGCUGGCCGAGUAGACGUAAUAAGCUCCUCUUCAUCUACCUCAUCAUGGUCAAUUAAGCCUCUAUUCAGCUCGCUGGGUGAUGUUUUUCUUCCCUCUGGAUACCCCCACAGUGUCAGCAAUGACUAUCUCCCAUAUCAAAUCUUUGAUUCUCUUCAAGCCUUCUGCAGCUCAAUAGCAGGCCUCCUCUCCUCCAGAGCCGUCCUCCAAGGAGUCGGCGUCGGUAACGCCAACGCCUCUCCAACAUCCGCACUGCUCCUACACAUCCUACAAGAUAUAUCGGGCCGCAUUGCAACGAUCUGCUUCGCCCACCGCGUCGGCACAGCCCUCGAGCCAGAAUGCAAAACUUAUCGACUAGCAGCAGACGUCUUCAACGAUGUCGCCAUGAUCCUCGACUGUCUCUCGCCGGGUGUUCCUGCCGGACCGCCGCGGGUGAUUGUCCUCAGCACAGCCGGUGUCCUCAGGGCCCUCUGCGGUGUAGCUGGGGGUAGCUCGAAGGCGAGCUUGAGUGCUCAUUUUGCGAAGUGGGGGAAUUUGGCGGAGCUUAAUGCUAAAGACUCAUCUCAGGAGACAGUCAUUUCUCUUUUCGGCAUGCUGGUCGGAUCUGUAGUCAUCUCCCACAUAACCAGCUUCAGCACAACCUGGCUCCUCCUCCUAGUCCUCCUAGCCCUACAUCUAAGCAUGAACUACGCCGCCGUGCGCGCCGUCCAAAUGACAAGUCUAAACCGACAGCGCGCGAACAUCGUCUUCUCGGCACUCCUUGACUCAGACAGGGGUCUAGCACUAGAACUCGAUCUCGAUCCUACCACACCCACCCCGUCCAAAAAUAAAUGGACAAUCCUCACACCAGCACAGGUAUCCAAACACGAGCGUAUCUUCUACCGAGACGGAGCGUUGCAGUGGACGCAGCACUCAAGCACGCACACAACCACCCAUCACCUAGGAUCCGCGCAGAUAGGCGUGUCGGUGUCUACUUUCCUCGGCGGUUCUGGGUCAGGUAACACAUCGUUCCAACGCACCCUCCCGCUACAGCGACUUGCGGCUGUUUUCGCGAAUGAGUUUUAUAUCUUGUUUCUCGUGCCGUUGUCGAAUAAGGGAGGGAAUGUGAAAUGGCAUGCUUCGAUUCUUCUGAAGCAGGGUUGUGUUGUUGAACAUCAAUUGAAGGCGUGGGCUCAGGCUUUGCUAGCUACAAGAGUUCUAGCCCGGAUUACAAUGGGCUCUUCUAUCGAUGCGGUUCUUACUGUUGUGGAGGGGACGCUUGCUUUGCUAAACUCUGAUAAUCGCUUUGAGAGGUAUCUCACGGGGCUGAGUGGUGUUGGGUGGGAUGUUGAUAUUGCGGCUUUGGAGACGAGGGGUGGACGGAGGAUUGAUCUUUGA